GGGAGAGUCCCAAGGCUCGGCUUCGGACUCAAACAUGGCUCCUCAGACAACCCCUGCGCAGGGCGGCAAGGUCAAACAGACGAGGAGGCGGCAGCGGUUGAGCUGUGUCGAAUGCACCAAGCGUCGACAGCGAUGUGACCGCCAGUUCCCCUGCGGGCUGUGCACGACCCGCGGAAUCCCCCACCUGUGCCGCUGGGAGCCCGUCGUGGUUCGACCGGCCCCGCAGAGGCCGCCGAGCGCGGCCAUCAGUGCCGCCGCCAAUGCCGCCGCCGCCAAUUCCACGAUCGAGGCUCUGUCUGCACGCAUCGCAGCACUCGAACAAGCGUUGCUCCAGCAGCAAAGCUGUGCGCAGAAAGACACCAACGACACCACCUCACACGCCUCGUCGUCGCUGUCGCCGCCGGCCUCCUCGAGCGAGAGCACCCCCGACCUCGGCCACGACUUCACGCCGUCGCCAGGCGCCGCCGACCCCUGCUCGGAGACCGAGAACGAAGACGAGGACGCCCCGCCCGCGCUCAUCGACUACGACGUCCAGCGUGCCGCAGUCGCACUCGCACAGCUCUCGCUCGCCCCCCGGACCGAGUACGUCGGCAACGGCACAGUGCUGUGUGCGAUUCACAAGCUGGGAAACCCCGAGUCCUGGCGUUUCCCGCACCCGGCGACGAUGUUAACAAGCCCCGUCUCGCCCGCGGCCCUCGCAGAGGCCUCGAGCCACGGCCGCCGCACGUGGGAGAUCCUCUCGGAAGGCCUCGGCGGCACCGAAGGCAGCAGCACGUCGUCGUCGUCGCCCGACAUGUCGUCGUCCUCGAGCCCGUACACGUCCCCGAUCCGGCGGCUCGUCGCGAAGCUGCCGCCGCGGCACGUCUUCGACGAGACCCUCGACGGCUUCUUCCCCGAGCGCAGCUGGCAGUUCGGCAUACCCGAACGCUGGUUCCGCGCCGGGUGCCAGGCGAUGUGGGGCCGCCUCGCGAUGCGCUGCGUGCCCGGCUGCCGCCGCCAGGGUGAGUGCCCCGCGUGCAGGGAGGAGAUCAACCCGCACUGGCUCUGCUUCGUCUUCGCCGUCCUCGCGCUCGCCCCGAGCCCGCGCGGCGCGCCGAGGGACAACGGGAGGUACUUCAUGUACUCGCUCAUGGCGCGACGCCACGUCGAGGACGUCCUGCUCGUCACGCCCGCGUACUCGACCUCGGAGGGGUCCGUCCAUGGCGGCGUGCUUACCUGCAUCUCCUCGUCGCUGCACGCCAUGUACCUUGUUGACCGCGGGCGAAUUAGCGAGGCUUGGAAGCUCGUCGGCAAUGGCAUGCGCCAUGCUCAAGCCCUGGGCAUGCACCGCGAUCCUGGAUGGAGAAAAUGGGAAGCAAUGCAUGCUGACGACCGGGAGCUGCGCAUUGGCGGAUGGUGGCUGCUCAUCAUCUCCGACCGAAUGUGGUCCUUCGUUCUGGGCAGGCCAUCGAUGACACCCCCGGGCUCAUACGAUGUGAAAGCGGUGCCCAGCGACCUGCACGCCGACGGAACGCCAAACUCGUGCGCAGCGUAUCACAGGGUGUUUAUCCCCCUGACAGAUCUCAUCUUUGAAGCAACUGACAAGUGCUUGGGCAUCCGCGCUCCGCCGUACGCGACAGUCCUGGAUUUGGACCGACGCUUCUGCGAAUGGGAGCGCCGUCUUCCCGAACAGCUGCGAUGGCCCAAAUCGUCCGCACCCGGCACGCCAGACCUUGCAAAGAACGCGUCCUCGGAUCUCUCCACCCCUGCCGGGCGCGCGCGGCGCUACCAAACCACGACGCUCGCCGGCUGGUACCUCUGCGGCCUCAUGGGCAUCCACCGGCCGUACCUCAUGCGCGCGCCGCCGAUCCUCCCGCCGCCAGGCAGCGCGCCGGGCGCGGCGCGCACGAGGCUGCUGCUGAACCCGUCGCGCGAGCGGUGCAUCGAGCUCGCGCUCGAGCUCACGCGGACGAUGUGCGACUUCCACGACGCGCUCGCGCCGUGGCGCGCGCCGGGGCGGCUGAACGCCGAGACGUUCUCGUACUUCCUCUUCGACGGCGCCGUCGCGCUCGCGGGCGCGCUCUCGCAGGCGCCGCCGCACCCGCGCGCGGGCGAGUGCCGGACGCUCAUCGACCGCGCCAUGACCGUGCUCGCGCGCCACGCCGAGCAGGCCCAGGGCGCCCUCGACGGCGAGGGCGAGAUGGCGCGCCGCGCCAUGGUCGUCCUCCGCGCCCUCCGCAAGGCCGGCGGGUGGGACCGCAGGGACGAGGACAAGGGCGAGCUCGUCCUCCUCCAAGACCUCCUCGUCCAGGCGCAGCGCGACCAGCCGCAGCCGCACGUGCCGCUCCAGCAACAGCAACAGCAGCAGCAGCCGCCCCCGACGGACAAUAGCAGCAGCAGCAGCAGCAGCGCGGCGGUGGCGGACUUUUACGCCGCGCUCGGCGCGCAGAUGGGUUCGCCGCCGUCGCCGCCGUCACAGCAACAGCAGUACGCUGCCGGCAACGGGAUGUUUGGGGGCGCCCCGCAGGCCGCCUCUGCGGUGUCGUUCAUCCCGUACCUCAACUCGACGUACCCUCCCGUGUCGAAUCCGUCCAUGUUCACGACGGCGCCGCCCGCAGCGCCUGGCCCGCUGCGUCCCUUCCCGUCCGCGUCCGCAGGACUUGCGUCGGACUUUGAGAUGUCCUUCGGCCCGUCGGCGGACGUGGACAUGAUGCAGCCUCUGCAAUCGACGCUCAUGCCGUUCAACGUGCUGCAGGGCGUGCAGCCGGAUUCGCAGCAACACAUGGAAAACCUCGAUCUUGACUGGGCACGGCUUGCGGGGAUGGAGAGCUGGUACAGCGCGAACUCAUCUACCGCUUAAUCUGGAAUGCUUUGGAAUCUUGGCAGAGUGCUGAAAGUUUUCACAUCAUGCGUUGGCUGGGGGUCGCUACACUUUGGGCAAGAUUAGCAAAAGGGAGACAAGAUGUCUACCGUUAGAACAAAGCACUGUAUAAUAAAACGUCUAAUCUAUUCUCGAUAUUCUGCCCGCUGCAGCCGCUCUAUUCCGAUCGUUGAUAAUGUCCACAUAUCUGACGUCCCUGUAAUACGCCGCCCGUCGCAUCUCCUUCGACAUCUCUCGCUUCGGCAUGUGCUGCGCGCCCACCCAGUCCUCCAUCCAUUGCAUCAGCAGCGAGUAUGGGUCCCUGCGCUGCUUCCCCUUCAUACGCUCGAUGAACGGAGAGUCCAUGCUGACAUCGACCCAGUGCACCAGCGCAGUGGCAAGCGUCGCCUUUGACGGCUGGAUCCUGAGCACACGCAUCCAUGCCAGCACAAGCGGGAUCUCGGUCUGGAGCGACUGUGUGGCGAGCAGCUCGAUGAGGGCGCGGAAUGUGACGUCGGUGGGCACGACCUCAGGGUAGAGCGUGCCAGGCUUGUCGGGGAGGAGGGAGAGGAGGGGCGACUCGUCGUAGAGCGCGCGUUCAGUGACGCGGUUGAUGACUUCGUUGACGGGGUUAAGAGCGGCGUCAUCGCUUCCGCGGCGCAAAGCUUGGACGGGAGAUGGGAUGCUCGCAAGCGCAGGCCAGUUUCCUAGGAGCAUCUGGACAGCGUGCCUCAGAGCCACCUGGCCCGCACGCUCAAAGUUCCAUCUGCCUGUUACCCAUGGGCGCCGUUCGGGGUCGAGCAUAGCCGUAAUACGGCAUGCAGGCUGCGUCCGAAGGUCCUCCGAUGGCUCGGCCUCGCUCGAACUAGGGUUUGACAAGCGUCCAAUCCCGAUGGAUGCUAGUUGUCCGCGAAUAGUAUCCUCGAACUUUCGUGCCCAUCUCGCGGUGUGGAGCAUGAUGUUGAUGGUGUAGACGUCGGGUCGGAGGUGGUACAAGGUUUCGAUAUGGUCGAAUAAAGUAAACACGACAUCAGGCCGGCCCAUGCGGUGAAGAGAGACCAUGAACUGGUGAAGGGCACGCAGGGUGACCGCUGGGGGACGUCGACCGGCGAACGACCCUCCCGAGUCCUGCGCCGCGUGUACCGCUUCCAAGAGCUGAAAAGCACGGUUUGGCUGACCAUUCAUUGUCAGGGCACAAAGUCCCAUGCCUAAAGACUGUGUAUUCAACGAUAAGCCGUAUGAGGAAGCUUCGUCCCAUAACAGAACAGCGUUUCCGUAGUCAUGCUUAGCCAGCAGACCUUUGAUGACCGUCGAAUAAGCUGCACGGUUUAGAGGGUACGCGGAUGCGCUUUGUCGGAAAGUCUUCAGCAAGUUGGCGGCGGAAGUCUCUGGGGCACGCGAGGCGACAUAGAGCGUGGACACCCAUUGAUGAAUAUCCACAGCCAGCCUCCUCCCUAUACGGCUUCCAUGAGCUUGGCGAUUUUGCGACGAAACAAGGCGGGUUAAAUAUCGUAGAGCCAGGGAAGCACGUCGAAAAGCUUUGAUGUAGCGGGCUUGCAGAAGCUUGACACCCACUGUCCUUGGCGCAUCCUCUUCUUUCCACUUCGACCGAAGCUCCCUAAGAUAUCGUGCCGCCUUCUUGCGAUAUCUGUGCGUGAUCAUGAGGUCACAUAGACAUUGCAGCUGGUAUCUUGUGGGACCGACGCCGUCUUGCACCAUCUUCCUCUCAACCGCGACCGCGACCUCCAUAGUAACAAAACCAGGGGAGAGCAGUGCGUUGUAGGUCUGUUUGCGAACCUUGGUGCCAUGCUGCGUCAUCCUCUCGAGAACUUGGCUAACCAAUGCACUGGUCUCCUUGGACCUGGGGUGUAGAGACAGGGCACGGAGAAGAAGGUUGAAGUGUAGCUUCGAAGGCCUAUGACGCGCCUCACAGAAUCUCUGUACGAAUUCACGUAUAAUGGCUGUAAGUCUCUUGUGAGCCAGCUCCGCGACAGUUAAUACGAUGAUAGAGUCGGUAGUCGAGGAGUGAACGUGUGGCAAAGCGCGACGGAUCAGGUCCAGGGAGGAGACAGCAUCUUGGGAUGAACGGGCUUUGUGGUACAAAACGUACAGCGCGAGCCAAGGCGGCCGCCGGUCAUCCUGGGGCGGUAUGAAUGAUAAUAUAUCUUGAAAACUGCUAGCGUCAAU